AUGACUGAUGUUGAUCCAGUUCAGUUGCUUAUUCAUAAUCUGGAUAUUGAUGUUCAAAAUGGUGAGCAACAUAACUAUGUUGGUGAACAACGAUUUGGAGAUGAGGUAGAUAUUCCUAUUAAUGAUUUUGAUGAAAAAGAACAUGAGAGGUCACAUGAUGAAAGUCUUGGUGAUGCAACUGAGCCACCGCUAACCCAACUCAAGAGGUCGACUAGAUCUCCCCUCUCCCAAGACGACAUCGUGGAGCGCGACUCCCUGGUCCACCACUGCUACAUUGCCCUCGGCCAGUUGCAGUUCGUCAUCUCCGAAAUCAACGACUCUGCCCCCACUCCUCUCCAAGCCGUCAAACUCCUCGCCUUCUAUUUCUCCUCUCCCGACAACAAGGAAUCCACCAUCUCCAGCCUCAAGGACUGGCUCGCCGAUCCUGCCAUCGGGACCAACGCCACGCUCAGGCGCGUCGCCGGCCUCGUCUUCCUCCCCGAGAGGGAUUUCAACGAAGCACUCAAAUACACCAAUCCUGGUGGAACCAUGGAACUGCAUGCGUUGAAUGUUCAGAUCUUCAUUAAGAUGCAUAGGUCGGAUUACGCGGAGAGGCAGCUGCGGAUCAUGCAGCAGAUGGACGAGGGUCACACUCUCACACAGCUCGCCAAUUCGCGGCUUGAUUUGGUUGUGGGUGGGUCGAAGAUCCAGGAGGCGUAUCUGAUUUUCCAGGAUUUGUCGGAGAGGUAUCAGUCCACUAGCUUGCUCUUGAAUGGGAAGGCUGUUUGCUGCAUGCACAUGGGCAAUUUUGAUGAGGCUGAGACCCUUUUGGUUGAAGCACUAAACAAGGAUGUUGUUACCAAAGCUGUUCAAGAUAAAGACAUUGAUGGAUCUAGUCAUGAUCAAACAUUUGGGGUACUAAAUUCCUUGAAGGAAAUAUUUCUGAAAACUUAAUAUAUAUAUAUAUAUAUA